AUGCAAACAUUAAAGGUCUGCACGCUGCUGGCGUUCUUCCUCGUCCUCGUAUCGGCCAGAGGCAGCAAGCGAAGGGAUGGCACCCUCACGAUAACCGAUGAUGAGCGGCGGAACAUCGAGGAUUUUCUGCUGGCCAAGCUGAAACAGAACUGCAGGCAAGAGGAUGACCGUGCCUGCAGGAUGAUCAAGAUGUCCAUUGUUAUGAAUCACCUGUACCUGAACACUCGCUUGGACUUGGGCGACCGAGUAAAGGUCACGGAGAACUGGAACAUUUCGAUGGUACCAGAUGACCCGGAGGUCAACCAGUUGCUAGCACGUUCCAUGGGCUCCGAUGAGGAGACGUUUGCCCUGCUGAUGGCCAACAAAAUGUGGAAGUACAUCCGGUCACGUUCGCUGCGCUACAAGUUCACGGACAAUGCCGACUUUGUGAUGAACAGCGAUCCGGAGGGAAGCCUCAAUAUUGGCGUCUCCGUGCGGCCCCUAGAGGCACUACAGGAGGGCCGCGGCAAGAUGAAGAACAUGGGUCCCAUGCUCAUGAUGAUGGCGGCCAAGACGGGCAUGGUCGGCGCCUUACUGCUUAAGGGUUUAUUCCUGCUGGCCGGAAAGGCUCUAAUUGUGUCAAAGAUUGCCCUGCUGCUGGCGGUCAUUAUAUCGCUGAAGAAGCUUCUUUCCAGCAAGAAGACGAUUGUCGAGGUGCCCUCACACCACGACAGCUACAGCUCCGGCUGGGCGCGUGCCUUCGACGGCUUCGUGGAGGGCCUGGUAGAUGUGCCGGCCGAUAUUCUGGCGAAAGAGGUGCAGCACCAGCAGGAGUCCCACGCCCAGGACAUGGCCUACAGCGCACAGCAGCCGGCCAAGGUGACGCAAUAAAAGUAGUAGUUCAACUGCAAUUAAAUUGUUAUUUAUGUUAUUAGAUCAGGAAUGAACUAAAUUGGGUUUUCUGCUUAACAGCACUUUCCUGACGGCUUAGGGAAACUUUUCUCAUGCUCUCUCUGUAUCUCCAUCUACCCCUUUGAAUCUUUCUCUGUUUGUAUCUCUAAAUGGUAGGUAGCUUGUGCUUUCUCCACUUUCUCUCUUCCUUCUGCACAAUUGCGCUCUUUCUUCACUCUCUUUUCACUUACUUUCCCUCUGUGUGUUUUCUCAAUGAUGCUCAUUCUCUCAUUUGUAAUUUAUUUAUACUUACUUUAACGUAUUUAUUUAUUAAUAUUUAUUGCAUAAAUAAAAAUUAUACCCGAAUCAUUUUAAUUUCUGAA